CAUGGUAUUUACAUACGCAAUUCUCUAACUGCAAGUUUCAAAACAGAUAAGUACACUGUGCUGAUGGCAGCAUGUGCUGCACAUGCUUCAGAGGAAAACAUCUUGAAGACUGUAGAGCUGCUUCUGUCAAGGAAUGCUGACCCUAACCUUACUUGCAGGAGACAAAUGACUCCACUGAUGUAUGCAGCUAGAAAAGGCUGUCCUCAGGUUGUUGCUCUUCUUGUUGCUCACGGAUCACCCAUAAAUGCCCAAGAUGAAAAUGGAUAUUCAGCAUUAAUAUGGGCAGCACAGCAUGGACAUAAAAGUGUAAUUUUGAAGUUGCUUGAGUUGGGAGCUGACAAAAAUUUGCAGACAAAGGAUAAGAAAACAGCAGCAGAGCUAGCAAAAAUCAAUAAACAUUCAGAGAUUUAUAGUUUACUCUCUUUGGCUGCAAAUCGCGUGCAAGGGAGAUACCAUGAAACAGUUAAGCAAGAGGCUAUCUACAAAUUUCUGACAGCUGCCCCUGACCACAGAGCUGGUUCCUAUUCAGCUUUUGAUGACAUGGAAGUAUUUUUACAUGGUCUUGGUCUAGAACACAUAAUAGAAUUGUUGAAGGAAAAAGAUAUAGCUUUGAGACAACUUCUGAGCAUGCAAAAAGACGAGUUAAUACAGGUUGGAAUUACAAAUCCUGGAGAUCAACAGAAACUCCUAGAUGCUAUUACUGAGCUUCAAGUGGAAGAAAUAAAAAUUGGAGAACUCCCAGAAGUGUUGAAAGUGGAAUUGAGUGGGGAUGAAUUCCUCAGGUUUCUUCAGAAGUUGAACAAAGAGUGUAGGAAGCUGACCAUUCCUGUGCAGACCAUGAAUAAGCAUUUCCUGCAAACUUCUCACAAGAUAGUCCUGCAGUGGGCACCAACUGAAAGUUUUAUUGAAGUCUGCAAAGACUUGGCUUGCAGUGCUGAAAAGCUGGGAGAAGAAGUUGCCAAACUGAAGGACCUGGUGGAGAAGGAUAAGCAGAGGAGUGACCCCAGCCGAGUGAAAUUUCCAGAAAAAGCACCCGCCUUGGAAGGAAAAUUAGUGAAAAUGGGAGUGGUAACAUUGCUGGGAUUUGUUUUUUUCUCCUUGGUAAUCAAGUUAGUGGUAAAGAAAACCUGA